GCUAUUUGUCAGCAAACGACCUUACUGCGUGCAAGAGCCAUGCAUUCUCAACUCUAUGAUGUUAUCGUAGUUGGAGGAGGUGCGAUUGGGCUUGGUGCUGCAUAUGAGGUAGCUAAAGCAGGCAAGUCUAUCCUAGUACUCGAGCAGAACUGUUUGUUCAACUCGGCUGGAAGCUCCAAUGACCUAGCCAGGAUGUAUCGCACCAUGUACACUGAGCCAUUCAUGGCGGAGCUUGCUUACAAGUCUAUGAGCAUUUGGAAAGAACUAGAAAUGGACUGUGGAACAUCUUUGCGGACAAUGUCGGGGCUCCUAAAUUUCGGAGAUCCUACAAUGGGAGAAGACACCCCAGAAGGAACGCUCAUGGGACCAAUAGCUAAUCUAGAGAGUCUGGGUAUGCCUUUUCGCAAGAUGACUAAACAAGAGAUGGAAAACGAGUACCCGUUCAAGAACCUCCCAGAAGCGUGGGAAGGCAUAUUUGCUCCAGAUAAUGGCGUGAUCAAUGUUCCGCUACUCGUUCGAACGCUGGCGCGCCUGGCUAAAGACUAUGGCGCUCACACUCAGCAAUAUGCCGAGGUGAGAACACUUGUCCCUGUCAAGGAGAAUGGUGAAGACAUAUGGAAGGUCGAAACUCGUGUCAACGGCAAUGAUACGGUUUCAUUUAGGGCUCGGAAAAUCAUCAUAGCGGCAGGUGCAUACACAAACCAUGUAUUGCAACCCAGCUUUAAUCUCAAGCUGAAACUCAACAUCUGGGAGAUGGUAGCAUCGUACUUCACGGUCAAUGCCGGCCCUCAUGGAACCCAUUUUCCAAGCAUGUGGUUUCAGUUUGCAAAGAACGAUCAUGGCAGAUCGCGGCUGUUCUAUGGGUUCCCAACAGUCGAGUGGGGUCCUCCCAACGUGUGUCGAAUUGCAGUCGAUGCAGCAACGAGACAAAUUAAAGAUCCCAAUCAACGAUGCGGCAGUGUUGUGAAUCCCGAGGAUAUACAUGACACACAACAGUUCAUUGAAAAGCACUUGGUUGGAGUUGACCACAUAACGCCUGCGUAUACCUUAUCGUGUCUGCAGACGAACACUUUCGAUAACAUGUUUGUACUAGACUACAUUCCAGAACGGUAUCUCCAAGGUGGUGCGAAGGAUAGUGUGGCAUUGUUUACUGCCGGCUGGGCUAUGAAGUUCGUACCACUGAUCGGUAGAGCCCUAAAGGACAUGGUACUAAACGGGCACUCGGAAUAUGCGUUGGACGAGUUUAAGAUCGACCGCCUGGAUCUCAAGAGCAAAGGAAAAGAUGGCAAACCCCAAGCAGGCAUCAUUGACGAAGUGAAUGCUGAAUUUUGCAAUCGCUGGGAGUAUCUUUAGUGGUGGGAAUUGAUGUUUCAUUCACUGGAUCUCAUUUACAACUGCACUUAGGGUAUCCAGAGACUACCCGAAUCAUGUAGGUUUUAGGCUUGUAUAUAGCCAUACCUCUGGAUACUUGAGCUUGGAUCAAUUUAUGGGGAUCUCC